AUGAAUCAGGCCAAGGAAACAUUAGCAAAUGCUCUUAAGCUGCAACCCAAUGCCAAUAAAGCAAAGAAUCUCAUCCUAUUUCUAGGAGAUGGAAUGGGUGUUACCACAAUAACUGCAGCUCGUAUAUACCAGGGGCAAUUGGAAGGGCAGCUGGGAGAGGAAAACAUACUGGAGAUGGAGAAAUUUCCAUAUGUUGCACUUUCUAAGGUGUACAAUGUAGAUGCACAGGUUCCAGACAGUGCAGGUACAGGAACAGCCUAUUUGUGUGGGGUAAAGACUAAUUCUGGGAUGCUGGGUGUGAGUGCAGCUGCACAGCAUGGAGUCUGCACUAGUGCCAAUGGAAAUGAAGUGUCAUCCAUUCUUCAUAGAGCAAAGCAAGCAGGUAAAUCAGUGGGUAUUGUGACAACCACUCGUGUCCAACAUGCUUCUCCAGCUGCAGCCUAUGCUCACAUUGUCGAUAGAGACUGGUACUCAGACAACGAAAUGACUCAAAAUAUGGCUAACAGUGGCUGUAAGGAUAUUGCAUACCAACUGGUGCACAACACGGAUAUAAAUGUGAUUCUGGGAGGAGGGAGAGCAUACAUGAGUGCUGCAGGAAUACCUGAUCCGGAAUACCCAACCAGUACAUCUAGUCAAGCUCUUCGUAAGGAUGGGCUAAACCUAACCACUAUAUGGCUGAACAAAAGACAGCGGGCAAAUUAUGUAUGGAACAAGCAGCAGUUUGAUGCUAUAAGUGAAUCUAACACUGAUUACCUUAUUGGUCUUUUUGAGCCAAAAGACAUGAAGUAUGAACUGAACCGGGAUAAGUCCGCUGACCCAUCCCUGGCUGAGAUGACUGAGAAGGCCAUCAAGAUCCUGAGCAAGAAUGCCAAUGGGUUUUUCCUUUUUGUAGAAGGUGGCAGAAUUGACCAUGGUCACCAUGAUACGAAUGCCAGGAAUUCAUUGACUGAGGCUGUUGAAUUUGACAAAGCCAUCCGGAGGGCUGGACAGAUGACAUCUGAAAGUGAUACACUAACUGUUGUAACUGCUGACCAUUCCCAUGUUUUCACCCAUGGGGGAUAUACAGAUCGUGGCAACAGUAUUUUGGGAAAGGCUCCCAGAAACGCUUCAGAUCGUAUGCCCUAUACAAGCUUGUUGUAUGGCAAUGGACCUGGCUUCAAAAUUGAAAAUGGAAGUCGUCAGGAUAUUACUAACGUUGCCAUAGAGGGGGAUUAUAGACAACAAACUGCUGUCCCACUUUCAUCAGAGACACAUGGAGGCGAGGACGUCGCUAUUAUGGCAAAAGGACCCCAUGCACAUCUUUUCCACGGCAUCCAUGAGCAGAGCUAUAUUCCCCAUGUGAUGGCUUAUGCAGCUUGCUUGGAACCUUAUCAAGAUUGUCCUCACAGUUCAAGAAGUUCAGGUUUUCUCAUUUCCCAUUCCAUCAUGCUGAUUUUGAUCAGUGUAUGUGGAGCUCUCUUAUGGUGA